GUUCGCUUCCUUCUGGCUUGUUCUCGUGUUUCUACGGUACGUGCGGUGAAAAAUCAAACGUGAUCGACUCUUCUUCAUCAGAACAGUGCCCAGAAAAUUUUUCUCACAAAAUGUACGGUUCACAGCAGCCAAUUCUCGUUCUGAGUCAGAACACGAAGCGUGACAGCGGCCGAAAAGUGCAGCUGGAAAACAUCAAUGCCGGCAAGACGAUUGCCGAUCUGAUCCGGACAUGUUUGGGACCGCAAGCUAUGUUGAAGAUGUUGAUGGAUCCAAUGGGCGGAAUCGUCAUGACCAACGACGGAAAUGCCAUCCUGCGUGAGAUCACCGUGCAACAUCCGGCCGCGAAGAGUAUGAUCGAAAUUGCCCGAACCCAGGACGAAGAGGUCGGAGAUGGAACCACUUCGGUUAUUGUCCUGGCUGGGGAGAUGUUGGCAGUUGCUGAACAAUUUCUGCAGCAGCAAAUUCAUCCCACAGUGAUCAUCCGUGCGUAUCGGGAAGCCCUGGAGGACAUGAUCAAACUGUUGGAGAACGACGUCAGUAUCCCGUUGGACAAAGCGGACAAGGCAAAGUUGGCCGAAGUGGUGAAGUCUUGUGUUGGCACAAAGUUCAUCGGUCGUUGGUCGGACAUGGCAGUGAAAAUUGCCCUGGAUGCAGUUGAGACGGUAAUGUUGACCGAAAAUGGUCGCACGGAGAUCGACAUCAAGAAGUACGCCAAGGUCGAGAAGAUCCCCGGCGGAUCGAUCGACGAGUCAUGUGUGCUGAAGGGUGUCAUGUUGAACAAGGACGUCACGCAUCCCAAGAUGAGAAGAUACAUCGAGAACCCACGUAUUGUUCUGCUGGAUUGCCCGCUGGAGUACAAAAAGGGUGAAAGCCAGACAAAUGUGGAAAUCGUCGGCGAUCAAGACUUCACCAAGCUGCUGCAAAUCGAAGAAGAACAUGUCGCCAAGGCUUGCGCCGACAUCAUCGCCGUUAAGCCGGACGUCGUGUUCACCGAGAAGGGUGUCUCCGAUCUGGCUCAGCACUUCCUGUUGAAGGCUGGUAUCACUGCCAUCCGUCGACUGCGUAAGACCGAUAACAACCGCGUUGCCCGUGCCUGCGGUGCUACCAUUGUUAACCGAACGGAGGAACUGACGGAGAAAGAUGUCGGAACCGGUGCCGGAUUGUUCGAAAUCAAGAAAAUGGGUGAUGAAUAUUUCUGCUUCGUAACCAAAUGCGCUGACCCCAAAGCUUGUACCAUUCUGCUGCGAGGUGCUUCCAAGGACGUACUGAACGAAACGGAACGCAAUCUUCAGGAUGCUCUACAUGUUGCGCGGAAUUUGAUGCUAGAACCAAAAUUGCUGGCAGGAGGUGGUGCAGUCGAAAUGGCCAUCUCGCAAGCACUGACGAACAAGCAAAUUCAAGGUCCAUACCGUGCCGUUGCCCAAGCUCUGGAAAUCAUUCCUCGCACGCUGGCUCAGAACUGUGGAGCAAACACGAUUCGUACCUUGACGGCACUCCGAGCUAAGCAUGCUUCGCAUCCGGCUGGUUCCGGUCCGUGUACCUGGGGAAUCGAUGGCGAAUCCGGCCAGAUUGUCGACAUGAAGGAGAAGGGCAUCUGGGAACCAUUGUCGGUGAAGCUGCAGGUCUACAAAACUGCUGUGGAAACGGCAAUUUUGCUGCUCCGUAUCGACGAUAUCGUGUCCGGUUCGAAGAAGAGGGGAGAUGACGGAACUGGUGCUGGUCCAGCCCAGAUGGCGCAGGGAAUGGAGUAAUAUUGUAGGUUUUACGUUUCUUAUAUUCACACACACCAAGUUUACUUAUAACUACUCUAUGCAUACACACACACACCCACAAACUCACAUCCAGCUAGUUCUAGCAGGGAAAAUCGAUUUCCUCAGACCGUAAGUUAUUCGAUACGUUUCCAUUUGAGAAAGCUAACACAUUUUUUCCGUCGUCAAUAAUGCAUUAAUUUACCUUUAAACAUGAGAAGAGCAUAACGCUACUCACACUCACAUGAUGAACAUCUGCACCCUCGUGCGCGAUGGAUACGUUUAUCGCUUAAUGAUCUAAUAAUGUCGAGAGCGCUUGAAAACAGUGUUGUAGGUUUUGAAGAAAAAAAAUACGA